AUGUUCACACUCAAGGUUUCCCUGCCACUAUUCCUCACUCAUUCCGACUCGGUCCAACAGACUAUCCUAGCCGCACGCCGGCAGGAGACAGGAGGCACCAAUCACCGUGCAGAUUUGCGUGAGAAAAGUCCCCUCAAUUUCGCUUCGACGGCGUCAUCGUCUCAACAGCCGUCCGUGCCGGCUGCCCUGACCGCGGAGCAAGAAGCAGCAUUCAGGGUUUGGGCCGAAUUCCAGAACAACGGGCCAUCACUGCAGCAGUCGGCAAACGAAUACCUUGAAUCCAAGUACAGCCUGGCCACAGGAGCAGACUUCGGUUUCCGGGCUACGUACGGCCCCCCUGUUUCGUUUCUGCCAGAACACGACGCACACUUUUCCAUUCUGGUGGGAGAUCAGGACAGCGGGUGGAAGGCGGCCACUCUUCUCAUCCGAGAGUUGUGCAUGCUCAAAGGAAUUACAGAUAAGCCCGAGUGGUGGCGCAAAGUCCGCGACCCAGCGAUUUCGGCCAGGUGGAAGGAUGAAAUGCUCGCCGUCAACGGGCCGGAAUACCACGCGCACGCCGACUUUACGCCCAGGAUGGCGGAUGCUUGUACUGAGGAAUUGACAGACAAGGCCGAUCUGUACGAGGCGACGGGGCUGAUUCCUGUCCUUGACUACUCGGCCUGCGUGGUCAAGUUACUCAAGUCUGACAGCUUAAUGGAUCAACAACUGACCAAGCAACUGAUGGACGCAGCCCGCCCGCUGGAAGACGCGCCCGAACAACAGAAAGAUUGGCAUCCUGGGAGCAACGAAAAGGUCCUGGAUCUUGUCCAUCCGUCUCUGUGGCCGUUGGUCUAUGGCCGGUCGCGAAUCUUGCCAGACAAGGAAAUCACCGUUGACAACUGCUUGGAUCACAUGGGUACGGGCGAGGUCAUUGCCAGACCCGACAUGGAAUCAGAUGGACUCCCCGCGUCAACGUCAACAGGCUGGGCGUCCGAACCCGUGUCUGCGUCUUCUGUUCGUUACCAGUGUCUUCCCUGCAAUGUUGUGGCGGACGACAAAGGAGAGGCCAAAAUCAACAGCUACAUCGACAGCCUACACCCGAUUGACCACGCAGCGCUCUAUGCAAUUAUUGAGAAAUUCAUCAGCGAAUCUUUGCCAGCGUGGGACCUGGCAGGAGCACAAUGUACAACGCCAGAGGCGUGCAAGGACACGGGUGAAUGUCGACCGACAAACAGGCCUGUCAAUGACGACGAGCCUCCCCGAGAAGAGCACGAAGAGUAUGGGGACGGCUACCAGGAAAGCGAGCGUGGCAGGCUAGACGCCCUGUGGUUCCAGGCAACGCAUCCGCAGAUGCUACCUGAUGCAACAUCGGCGUCUGACCCGAGGGAGGAAAUGGCGACCAAGACCGAAUUCGAGCGCGCAAGGAGGCAACAAGAGCGUUUCAGUGCCAUGGCGGACGAUAUCAAGACGGCCCUGUUUUAUCACGACAACGAGAACAUCACAGAGUCACGUCUAGCCUUUCGCACCUCGUCCAACUCGGAAGACCUGACUGUAAAUCUCGAAUAUACGCAGAAUGACGUGCGCUCUGUUGCCAGGACCUUUGCCGUGGACGAGGCCCAUGAAGCGACGACGCUUCAAAAUAUCGGCUCCGUCCUCACCCGGCAGGCGAGGGCGGUUUUCUUCCGCAACCUAUCGCAGCAUCAAGUCCAGCCGUUCUCACUCGAGGAUCCCACUCGUCCGGGACAUGGCAAGAUUCUGGCAUUGUUCCUCGUCGACCCAGCCAUUCCAGUCAUUUCAACCGCCAACGUGCCGCCUCAACAACGCCAUUGGCGGCCAGCAGCGGAGUACAUGCGCCGUGGCAGUCGACUUCAACCAGAGCUGGCCAACACGGUUUCGAAGAAUGUAGACUCCGUGAUUGGCGGAGACGAGGCAAGGGACAUUCAGAAGAGACUCAUGGCGGAGAGGACGGUGCGGCAGGAGGAGCUGAGUAACGCGUUGCAAUCUGUACGGUUUAGCUUCUGCGAGCAUUGA